GUUGUGCACGCUCGUCUCAGGCAAUCAUGGGUAACUGGGUGGAGAAUGAAGGACUCUCCAUCUUCGUCGUUCUUGUGUGGCUGGGUUUAAAUGUCUUCCUCUUCUGGUGGUACUAUCUUGUAUAUGAUGUCCCACCAAAAUUCUUCUACACCAGAGUACUCCUUGGCCGUGCUUUGGCUCUGGCAAGGGCCCCUGCAGCUUGCCUGAAUUUCAACUGCAUGCUGAUUCUGCUGCCAGUAUGUCGAAACUUGCUCUCCUUCCUCAGAGGAUCAAGUGCGUGCUGCUCGACCCGUAUCAGACGACAGCUGGACAGGAACCUCACCUUUCACAAAAUGGUGGCAUGGAUGAUCGCCCUUCAUACUGCAAUUCACACCAUCGCACACUUAUUCAACGUAGAGUGGAGUGUGCAAGCCCGUGUUGAAGAGAAAGGAACUCUUGCAGCUGCGCUUUCUAGCCUUGAUGAUGCACAAAAACAAACCUAUGUCAACUUUUAUAGAAACACUAUUGGGAAUCCUGUGGGGGGCCUUUACGUGGCUUUCACGUACUUGGCUGGUCUCACCGGUGUUAUCAUCACGCUGGCCCUCAUACUAAUCAUCACAUCAUCCACCAAAACCAUCCGAAGGUCAUAUUUUGAAGUAUUUUGGUACACCCACCAUCUCUUUGUCAUCUUCUUUAUUGGCCUUGUCAUCCAUGGUGCUGGGCGUAUUGUACGAGGGCAGACAGCUGAGAGCCUGGCUGAACAUAAUCCGGAGCUUUGCUACAAGAACUUCACUCUCUGGGGGAAGAAGGGGGCUUGCCCAAUCCCCCAGUUUUCAGGGAAUCCUCCUAUGACAUGGAAGUGGGUAGUGGGUCCCAUGUUUUUGUACCUGUGCGAGAGGUUGGUGAGGUUUUGGAGGUCACAGCAGAAGGUUGUUAUCACAAAGGUGGUCAUUCAUCCCUUCAAGACUAUUGAGCUCCAGAUGAUGAAGAAGGGCUUCAAGAUGGAGGUCGGGCAAUACAUUUUUGUCAAAUGUCCAGCAGUGUCCAAACUGGAAUGGCAUCCAUUUACAUUAACCUCUGCUCCAGAAGAGGAUUACUUCAGCAUUCACGUCCGUAUUGUAGGGGACUGGACAGAGGGCUUGUUCAACGCCUGCGGAUGUGAUAAGCAAGAAUUCCAGGAGGCAUGGAAGUUGCCCAAGAUAGCUGUGGAUGGCCCCUUUGGAACAGCGAGUGAGGACGUAUUCAGUUAUGAAACUGUUAUGCUUGUUGGAGCUGGAAUAGGGGUCACCCCCUUUGCAUCUGUACUCAAGUCUGUCUGGUACAAAUAUUGCCACGAUGCCACCAACCUAAAACUCAAGAAGAUCUAUUUUUACUGGCUUUGCAGGGACACUCAUGCCUUUGAAUGGUUUGCUGACCUCUUGCAAUCUCUGGAGGCUCAAAUGCAGGAGAGGAAUAACGCAGAGUUUCUCAGCUAUAACAUCUACCUUACAGGCUGGGAUGAAUCUCAGGCCACUCAUUUCGUAGUGCAUCAUGAAGAAGAGAAAGAUGUGAUUACAGGCCUUAAACAGAAAACGCUAUAUGGAAGACCUAACUGGGAAAACGAGUUCAAAACUAUUGCGGGGAAGCAUCCUGGCUCCAGAAUAGGUGUUUUUCUCUGUGGACCUGAGGGCCUUGCUGACACACUCAACAAACAGAGCAUCAGCAAUUCAGAAGCUGACCCACGAGGAGUACACUUCAUUUUUAACAAGGAAAAUUUCUAACUCCCAAACACGUGGGCGUAAUUCAAUACAGAGUCUAAAGACUGGAUCUCUUUUUCUAUUUGGAGUCUGGGAACGACAGCCCAGCUUCUAAUCUCAGCUACACUAAUGCAAAUCCCUUUGCUUCUUGGGAAUUAUUUUGGCGCUGUGGUAGAGUAAAAGAGUCAAGUUUUACCUUAGGGAAGUUUGC